UACAUAUUUAGCUCGCCUGUACAUUGUCACACGCUCUCUUUUUCAUUCGUUUUACCCUCUCUUUUUCAUUCUAAUUCAUCUCAUUAUAGCCCACGGGUAACAUCACCAGAUGGUCUUUUUUAUGCUCAGGAACCUCUUGUAAUGGCUGAUUCUGAGAGAGAAAUACUGAUGUUCUCUCAAAAUAUAGAAACGAUGAAUAUGGAGAUAUCUCAGUUACAGCACAUUAAGUAUCGGCUGAUGUCUAGGAAACAACAGCUUGUGGAUGAAAUUUCCAGAUCAGACAAAAAGACAGUCAUUGAGGAUAUGGAAAGAGAUACCAAAAAUAUUUAUGAUAAAGUAUUGCCCCUUGUUUCUGAAAUACAUAACUUGGAGUUACGAUCGUUGGAACUCAAAGAACAGAUUCAACUUGCAACUAUGGAGCAGGAGGCCAACACAUUACUCUCCACACUAACAGGAACUAGUACAAAAAAGAAAGGAAGUUUGUCAAGAUGGUUUAUGGAACUUGAGCAGAUGAAUACUGCAGGUUCAACAGUGAAUAACCCAAGGUAUCAAAUGUGGAUGUUAAAAUCAAGAGCUCAAAAGGAGAAACUUGAAUUCACAGUCUUUCAUUGUGGUGUAUGUGUCACAGUACAGAUAUUCCAAACCACACAGUCACAAGAACAAGAGGACUCCAGUGUCAGUGACCUUUCUUCAGAUUCCUUUGAUGUCUGGUCAGAUAUCUUUAUUCCCAAUUUGUUACAGACUGUAAAGUGCAGUAUUGUGGAGAAGUACUCUAUCUCGGGUGUUGUUGAACAUAUUACUCAGUACAUUACAGAUGAAAUUGUUCCUCAUAUUCAUGUGGCAUAUGAAGUACCAGAGAAAGGAAGCAAAGAGUGCAAGUCAUCUCCAUCAUAAACUUUUAUUAUUAACACUUUAACUACUGACAUGAAAAUUACAAUUUACAACUAUUGCUUCACAGCUGAUACAAAUGACAUGAUGGUCGGUAACGUCAUUUAUAAAAGUCGGCAAACAUCUCAACACAGUUUUAAGUUUGUCAGUGAUGAAUAUCAGGUAUAGCCUGGAUGACAGACUGGACAUGCCUAAUCAUGCUAGACACCAAUCCACCAAUCAUCAGGGCUCCUUGCAGUUCAUGGUCGAGUUUCACUGAUGAGGUCGGGCAUUGUCAACCAUGAAGACAGGGUGGCUUGCAAGUGCGUGAUUGUCAAAAUGAGAAACGGCAACUCUAUCCCAGAUGACAUUCUGGUAUCUGUGCCCAUUGAGUGUUUCGGGUACAGUCACCAGAUUCAGUUUACAGUCAAAGGAGAUGCACUCCCAGAACAUAACUGAAUCUCCACCAAAGGGAACUUCUUCCUGAAUGUUCCGCUGAUCAUAGACCAUGCCUCUAGAUCUCCAUACUCGAGUUCUACUGUCUGUUGUGUGGAGUUAUUAGGUUCUAUUGCGCUCUUGUGGCUCACAACCUCAAGACACUCCAUGGAAUCAUAUUUUUCGUUCCAGUCAUGGCACCACAACUGGUAUAUCAAAGGCUGUGGUAUGUGUUAUCCUGUCUGUGGAAUGGGGUAUAAUCGAAAAAGAGUAGCCCAUGAUGUUGCGACAGUGGGUUUCCUCUCUCAAUAUUUGUGUGGUACUUAACCAUGUCUGAUACCAUAUAACCGUAAAUAAAAUGUGUUGUGUGCAUCGUUAAAUAAAACAUUUCCUUCCUUCUUUCCAUGGAAUCAUAGUCAAAGUUGGUGGUAACACACAACAUGACGACAGUCCGAAAAUGUUAACAGAACUAUUGAAAAACCCCACAUUAAAAGCAAACUCAUUUCACUUUAAAAAUAGUGUUUCAUUAUAUUUCAAGUUUUAAAUGCAUCAAACGUGUUCUUUUUAACAAAUGGUGAAAGUCAAUAAAAGAAGACCCAAGAACAGUUAAUGGGUAACUGGUUAAGUGUGAAUCCUAGUUGACUGGAAUAUCUAAAAUGGAAAUGUCUCUUUUAAAGAUGAUGAUAAUGUUUUGCAGAUAUUUUGAUUAACAUGACCCCAACCAUUUAAGAAUAUUUUUCAAGCAACA